GAUUUUGAAAAAGAGUUGGUCGUCUCGAUGUAGGGCAUGCUAUGACCGCUUCAUUACUCCUCCAUUCGCACUGGAUUGACCCGGUGAUGUUUCUCUACGACAACGGCUUGGAUGAAAGAAGCAAGAACAUGGAAGGGUUCACUGGAGGUAAUUUUGCUGCAAACCAGUGCAGGAAUUUGUUAGCGCAUCCAACCUCGCUGGCUCCCAGCACCACCUACACUGCGAGUGAGGUGCCAGUCUCUGGCAUGGGGGAGCCUGGCAAACAAUGUAGCCCCUGUUCUGCCACUCAGAGCUCACCCAAUGCAUCUUUGCCCUAUGGAUAUUUUGGCAGCAGUUAUUACCCAUGUCGGAUGUCUCACGGCAGCGUCAAGGCUUGCGCUCAGCCCUCUGGCUAUGGCGAUAAAUACAUGGACUCAUCGGUGUCCGGAGAGGAGUUCUCGACCAGGGCGAAAGAAUUUGCUUUUUAUCAGGGUUAUUCAUCGGGUCCCUACCAACCCAGCUACUUGGAUGUCCCUGUCGUACCUGCGCUCAGUGCUCCAGCUGAGCCAAGACAUGAGCCCCUGCUGCCCAUGGAGCCCUACCAGCCAUGGGCCAUCACCAAUGGCUGGAGUGGUCAAGUUUACUGCAGCAAGGAGCAGCCCCAGUCAAAUCCUCUGUGGAAAUCCUCGUUACAAGACUCUAUAUCUGGUGGAGAUAGCUCUAUCCGCCGUGGGCGAAAGAAGCGUGUGCCAUACACCAAGGUGCAGCUCAAAGAACUAGAGAGAGAGUACGCCACCAAUAAAUUCAUCACCAAGGACAAAAGGAGAAGGAUAUCCGCGCAGACGAACCUGACAGAGAGACAAGUGACAAUCUGGUUUCAGAACAGGCGCGUGAAGGAGAAGAAGAUCGUUAAUAAAUUCAAGAGCUCCAGUUAGCUCUGGAGAUACUGAAAUGUGGAGGCGAGAGGUGGACAUGGAUGCGCUUUCAUCCAAAAAACUGUGCUAUAAUUUAUUACAUUAUGAACGGGUUCUUUGUCGCCAGCGCGGCUGUGUUUUGACCUGCACAUUUCCUUCCUCACAUUUUAAUUGGAACCAGGCGAUGCGGCCUGUUGACAGAAGAUCGGAAAUGGCUUGCAACAUGUUGACCAAGGCAAUUCUGCGAGGGAUGUAUGAUCUCCUUAAAAUAUCCACCAAAUGAUAAGACUCUCCAGCGCUUUUAAUUCCACUUAAUCAACACAAGAAGUUCAAGCUGAAGCCUCUCGCUUCAGCUCCAGCUUUCCCUCUUCAGACAGUGGCGAAACUGUCAUCUUCAGUCUGUGGUCAGGACAAUGCAAAACCCGCAAAGCCAAACAAAUAGGCUCAUAAUGAAAUAACCCAUAAUGAAUCUGGAAAAUUAUAUUUUCCGAGUUCAUUCACACUAAAGAGAAAAGAAACACAUCUCUCCUCCAGCACUUUUUUUUUGGUGUUUACAUAAUUAAAUUCUUUACAUAAACUGUAUUUCACCACUUGAAGAUUUAGAACAAAAUAAUUCACACUAUAGGCUACAGCUUUAGAAAUUCAGUCACUUCAUCUCAUCUGUUCAGUUGAUCUGUUAAUCAGCCAGUAUCUGAUGAAACCUUAUUAAACGUGAGGCAGUCUGAGCAUUUCAACACUUUGUCUUUUCUUCCAGACACAGGGUUUCCGCUCAGAAUAACUCGCCUGUCGACAGGCGGACCUAUGCAACUUCUGCCUGUCAGUCAGGAAAAGUACUGAAACCGUGGGCGUAUUUAAACAUGUAAAUACUAUCUGACUGCAACUAUCUAUUCUCCCUUUUUUGACUGCAA